AUAUGGGACCGGAGUUGCACGCUUCUACCAACCGAAAUAUUGGCAUUGCCAUAAUUAUUCAAUUGGUUGGUCUUUUCGUCAUAGAUUAUCAACGUUCCUCGAAUCUCUCUCCAUGUAUCUAAUACAUCAAAAUGGAUCCAUGCAAUUCAAUCGCAAACGAAGUCAAUAAUCUGGUUUCACGACAUGGGUUUGGUUGAGGUUUUACGAACAAUUGAUUUCGAACAUGAAUCCUACCCAACUUAUGAAGAUUUCAUAAUUCUUCCUGCAUUUGCUAUCUUCUUUCCAACUUUUCGAUAUUUCCUUGACAUAUAUGUUUUUGAGGGUAUAGGAAGGCAAUUAAUAUUUUCAAAGGAGCAUCAGAUGCUAGAUGUCGAUACAGAAGAAAGAAAGAAAAAAAUACGAAAAUUUAAAGAAUCGGCAUGGAAAUGUGCUUAUUAUCUUUCGGCUGAAAUUAUUGCUUUAAUUGUAACUCAUAACGAGCCUUGGUUCACAAAUACUAUUAACUUCUGGAUAGGUCCUAAUAAUCAAAGAUGGCCCGACCAAAAAGCAAAGUUAAAAUUGAAAGGUCUAUACAUGUACACGGGUGGAUUCUACGUGUAUUCCAUCUUUGCUUUAGUUUUUUGGGAAACGAAAAGGUCCGACUUUGGUGUAUCAAUGGGGCAUCAUGUUGCAACUGUCAUCCUCAUUGUAAUGUCUUAUAUUUGUAGAUUUAUGCGAGCUGGUUCUGUGAUUUUAGCUCUUCAUGAUGCAAGCGAUGUGUUUCUUGAAGUAGGAAAGAUGUCUAAAUACAGUGGUGCCGAAGGACUUGCAAGUGUUUCAUUUAUAUUAUUUGUGAUUUCAUGGGUAAUCCUUCGGCUUAUUUGUUACCCUUUUUGGAUUCUACGGAGUACAAGUUAUGAAGUUGUUAUGGUGUUGGAUAAAGAUAAACAUGAUACAUUGAUACCAAUCUACUACUAUAUCUUCAACACCCUUCUUUUCUGUUUGCUUGUUCUUCAUAUCUAUUGGUGGGUGCUUAUAUAUCGAAUGCUUGUUAAACAAAUCCAAAAUAGAGGCAAACUUAGUGAUGAUGUUCGUUCAGAUUCUGAUAGUGAUCAUGAACAUGAAGAUUAAUCAAUCAUUCUUGUAGUAAAAAGGUAAUUGGAUUCGCCAAGAAAUCGAUAGAAUUAUAACAUGCUAAAGAGUUAUUGGUGGGUGAAAGGAUUCCAGCACGAAAAUUUUAUUCCUUAAUCAAGACACGUUGUAUAUUUGUAUGAAAUCAAUCAAAUGUUUGGUAUUAUAUAGGAGUCGAUGUAUAGAAAUUUCAAAUGUAAUGAAAUGUCAUCUACAAUAUGUUCUUAAUUUGGUUGCAGAAUGAUCUUGAGUUAAUAUUGCAGAAC